AGUUUGUGGGGCUACAGGAAAGUGUGGAAGUGGUUUAGGUGGCAGUGUGCAGUGUUCAGACCGACGUCAGUCUGGCACGAAAAAGAUGCUCUGUAUGAUCCUAAAAAUAUCUGUGUGGAUUUCAAAAUGAAGCCUGUUCUGAUCGCAGUGUUUUUUAUCAGUUUGUCCACCUCUUUUCAGGAAGAAAGUCAGGGCCGUUUACAUCCAGCGUAUAUUUACAAUGGUGGAGUGACCAAAGUGAAGGAAAGUGAAAGCAUCACCUUUAAGUGCUCAACUUUUAACAUAACAGUAAAUAUAAUAGAAAUCCACAUGUACCUCUUCAAAAAUAGUGAGAGAUUCAUGAUGAAGGAUAUUGAAAAAAAAGACGAUACAACAUUUCCCCUUACUAAUCUUACUGUAGAACAUUCUGGAUUGUACACAUGUCUUUACUCUGAAGAGAACCUUAAUGUCCUUAAGACAAAUGCAACAGGACACAACUCUGUCUCACUCGAGGUUUGGGGUAAAAUAUUACCAGCGAGGAUUGAAAGUACAGAAACUUCAGUAAGAAAAGGAGAAACUCUGAAACUGACCUGCACCUUUACAAAAAUUCUAAACUGUGCUCAAGUCUACGUUUAUCUCUGUGUCAAUGGGAUCGGAAACAGCAAGAAGCAGGUGAACUGUAGCAACACGACCGUUUCCACAACAUUUCACCUUAUAGUCUCUGAAAACUCUGUGAACUACAGCUGUGUGUAUUCAGUGUCUAACUACAAUGUCAGUGAGGUGAGAAAUACAGGAGAAAACAGCAUCUUUGUCCAUGUGGGUGAUUUUUUUUAUAUCAUGGUGUUGAAGAGAAAUCUUCUCAGGCUGAUCUUCUCAGUUGGAGUUCUGAUGCUUGCGUGCUUCAUUAUUAUUUUUGAUUUCAAGACACGUAUUCGUUCAGAAGAACCAGAACUGCAGACCUGAUGUCUGGAACGGUGCUUUUUCUG